AUGCAAUUGCAGUCACAAGAUGUCUUAGAAAUAAUGAUGGGGACUUCCAUUUUGAUUGAACUUAAGGUGUUCCUGGGAGGGGCCCUCGCCUCCCCUUACGUCACUUGUCUACGACUGCGCCUGCGCGGGACACGAGGCUGGCGGGGGUGCCGCGGCCCCCUGCUGGGGUUGCUGUGCUUCCGGAGGCGGUUAGGAGUCGGGACUAAUUCUUUCCUGAGCCUUGGGCUUGUGCUCUUCGAUGAAGCCGGGUCGCUAUGUCGCAAAUCCUCGCCUCGGGACGCGCGAUAUGGAGAACGCGAGGAGGCAGCACGGAAAGUCACGGGAGCAGAGUCUUCGCCACCCGUCUCUCUACACAUCCCGGGCUCUGGGACCCGAUGUCUUUCGUCACUGGAAGGCCUGAGACUGCCUCUGCCGCGGGAAGAGUCACCUUCUCAAGAGCUCAAGGACUGGAGCGGAGACCAGGGCUCGUCUAAUACGGCGCACCGGGGAUCCGCUGGUCCCUCGCUGCCUGCCCUGGCCCAGUCGGCGACCGAGGUCGAAGAGCUUCACCCCUGCCCUUACCGCUCACUUUCCAGAGAAGGACCCUUUCAGGCUGGGCAGUUGAUGUUAGCUGAGGCUGGGAAGAGAGAGACACAAUUUAAAAAAUGAUAUAGGUUGAGCAAUUCCAGACACUUUAAUAGUAGCAGCUGGGGGGCAGUCCGGUUCAGCAAGAUCGUGGGGAAGUUCCCCGGCCAGAUGCUGAGUUCCUUCGGCAAGCACUUGGUGCUGAGAAGGCCGACCUUGGAGGACUAUGUAUUAUUGAUGAAAAGAGGGCCUGGCGUAACAUACCCAAAGGAUAGGAAUAUGGUACUGUUGAGGAUUAGCACUCCAGGUGAUACUGUUUUGGAAGCUGGCUCAGGCUCUGGUGGAAUGAGCUUAUUUUUAUCCAGAGCAGUUGGAGGACAAGGACAAGUCAUAACUCUUGAAACAUGAAAAGACCACCAUGAUCUGGCUAAGAAGAAUUACAAACACUGGCAUGAUUCAUGGAAGUUAAGUCAUGUAAAAAAGUGGCCUAAAAACAUGGAUUUUAUUCAUAGGUAUAUUUCAGAAACAUCUAAAGACAUAAAAUCUUUAAAAUUUGAUACAGUAGUGUUGAAUAUGUUAAAUCCUCAUGUUGCUUUGCCUGUUUUAUACCUAAAUCUUAAACAGGGUGGUGUAUGUGUUGUAUAUCUAACAAACAUCACACAGGUUAUUGAACUUUAAGAUGGAAUUCGCAUCUGUGAACUUGCUCUUUCAUGUGAAAAAAUAAGUGAGGUCACUGUCAGGGAUUUUUGCCUUGCAAAACAGAAAAAUGGAAUUUUACUUCCAAAAGUAGAACCUAGAGUCAACACAGAUUUACAAUUACAUUCUCAAAAGAAAAUUGGAGGAGGUGAGAUGUUUCAAGAGGAUGAUCAUGAAGAAUCACAUUUUGAUUUUCCAUAUGGAUCAUUUCCCUAUAUUGCUAGGUCUAUACACUGUAAUAUUUUUAGACCAUAUUAA